AUGGAGCUGGUUGUACGAUGCGCGUUCUUCAUCCCGGAGGGCGAGAGGAGUAUGCGGCCAGACAUGCGCUUUGCCGUGUUCGCCGCCGAGGAGGUGCUCCACUUCCCCAAGCCGGCCCCGUUGCUGCCCACUGCUGCCCUCGCCACGCCGCGGGAACCGCUGCCGUCGGCGCCGUGGGCCGGCAUCAGCGAACUGGGCGCGAUCAUGCGGGCCACGUGCGACGACGCCCGGGUGCGAGUUGGCGUGUGGAUCACGAGACAGUUCACUUGGACGGCUGACGUCGACCUCUGGCUGCUGUGGACACUCGACAUCGUAGGCGUAGACCACGUGGUGCUCGAGCUGGCCUCUGUCGAUCUGGACAUCAAGGACGUCGAGCGGCGCCUAGCGCGGCACCCGGGCGUGCUGGAGCGGGUCACCAUCGUCGCCGUCGACGCGCCGGGCCGAGACUACAACGUCACCUACUGCCACCUGCAGGAGCUGCUGGUGUGGGACGGCUUCGUGCGGUUUCAGGCCGACUUCGACUUUGUGUUCCUGGUCGACACCGACGAGUUCGUGCAGCUGUUCAGCGCCGAGCCGCCCUACGAGCGGGUCGAUGUCAAGACCUUCAUCGCGCGCAACCGCGAGCGGGUGCUGGCCGGGGGCCACGCCUACCUGCACCGGCUGCGGGUCGCGCGCACCCAGCCUAACCGCUUGGUCGAGCCCGGGCUGCCCGCGUUCCUGCGUGGCGUGUUGGGCCGCGACGGCGCCCAGAUGCAGGCCAUGGCCACGGCCGGCGGCGGCGGGACCGAGGAGCAGGGCAAGAGCCUGUUCAACGUCAACGGCGCUGUGCAGCCCUACCUGCACUACAGCAUGGGCUACCCGAUGAACUUCACCGACGUGUACCCGACCCACAUGUGGGCGCAGGCGGAGGCCCACGUCUUGCAUAUCCGGGAGAAGCCGGACGAAAGCAAGCGCGCCGAGCCGUGGGCCAACGGCACGCUCACUUGGUGGCUGACCCAACUCGAGAAGAACAAUAAAUAA